CCUGACCCAAUUUCCUGCUGCUGUUUUGGGAAUAUCUGAAGGACCCACCUCGGUGAAAAGGCGUGUGUCACAGGUUAUAUAAGAGUGAGGAGCCCUUUGGCCCUGGAACUGGGACAAUGGACGUGCUGGGGGAGAAUGAGGCUCUUCGGCAAUUCUUUGAGGGCGAGGACCUCCGGGGCGUGCUGGAGAGUGAGGGGGUGGACACCAGCAUUCUGGAGCAGUUUCUCAGCAACGACAUGGACCCCAGUACCUUCAUUUUACCCGAGUCACCCCCGGAUUCAGGAUCAGAACCCUGUUCCCCCCCUCAGGUACCAGGCCCAUAUUCAGCUACACAUGCAGCCACAGCGUCGUCCUGUUGCCUUGGAGACCGGGGGCCAAGGCCCCCUCCUCACGUGACUCCAGAGCUAAGCUUCCGCAUGGGUGGCAAAGCCCCCCCAACCCCCCCAGGUCUCCCCUCCCCCCGUUACCCCCAACCCACGCCUCCCGACACCAAGAAGAGGCGCCGGUCCGAAUCGUUUGAAGGGCCGGCGGACCCCCGCCUUUGGACCGACCCAUCCAGAGUGGCCGGCCCGUUCAUGCCCCCGGAGUGCGUCAACGUCAACGUCAACGCCGCCGGUGAUGCCUCCGGUUGUGACAGCGACGGGCAGGGCGGGACCGCGGGGCCGGGGACCUAUCAGGUGCUGCUGUGGGAGGGGUACCAGCCCAACCAGUGGAGCCCAUUCUACGACAGCGGCUGCCAGAGCCUCUCCUCCCCUGGGUACCAUGUUGACACGGACAAGGGCUUCAGCUACUCCUCCACUGACGAGGCCUUCGUGUGUCAAAAGAAGAACCACUUCCAAGUCACAGUUCACAUAGGCAUGGCAGGCACACCCAAAUACGUCAAGACGCCAUCGGGGCCCAAACCUAUUGACAGCUUCUAUGUGAAGGUUUUUGGUGUUAAGUUCGAGGCUCAGUCGCACACGGUCACCAUAGAGCAGUCCCAGUCCGACCGCACCAAGAAGCCCUUUCUGCCCGUCCAGGUCAGUCUGCCUGGAGACAAGGUUACCAAGGUGACGCUGGGCCGCCUGCACUUCAGCGAAACCACGGCCAACAACAUGAGGAAGAAGGGCAAGCCCAACCCAGAUCAGAGGUACUUCCUGCUGGUAGUGGGACUCUAUGCGUCCGUGGAGGACCAGAACUUCCUGCUUGUGGCCCACAAGUCUGAGAGGAUCAUUGUCAGGGCGUCGAACCCGGGGCAGUUUGAGAACGACAGCGAGCCCCUGUGGCUGCGGGGCCAAGCCCUGGACGCGGUGGUCUGCCAAGGGAGGGUGGGCAUCAACACGGAGGCGCCCGACGAGGCCUUGGUGGUCUGCGGCAACGCCAAAAUCAUGGGCACCGUCAUGCACCCGUCCGACUGCAGGGCGAAGCACAACAUUCAGGAGGUGGACUCCACAGAGCAGCUGAAGAGAAUAGCGCAGAUGAGGAUUGUGGAGUACGACUACAGGCCCGAGUUCGCAGUGAAGAUGGGGAUCGACCAGGUCCAUGAGACAGGGGUCAUUGCACAGGAAGUGAAGGAGCUGCUGCCAUCUGCCGUGAAGGAGGUGGGGGACGUCGUCUGCGGGGAUGGAGAAACGAUAGACAACUUCCUCAUGGUGGACAAAGAGCAGAUCUUCAUGGAGAACGUGGGCGCGGUGAAGCAGCUCUGCAAGCUGACGGACAACCUGCAGACGCGCAUCCAGGAGCUGGAGGUGUGGAACACGCGGCUGGCCAAACUGAAGAGCGUGACCGGCAGCCUGCGCAGCAAGGCCAGCCGAAUGGACACUGCCCCUUUGCCGAAGAAACCUCCCCCACUCCCGCCCUCUAAGGAGUGCCCAUCCAGGAAGCAGAGCCACUGGCUGCACCACAGACUCCUCCGUGGCAGCGUGAUCAUGCUCGCGGUUACCAUGGGGAUAUGUGUGAUCUCCAUCACCGCCCUCUACCUGCUCAACCUGAAGGCAGACCUGGACAUUCCGUCUGGGAGCAGCAACAACUCGCUCCCUGACAGGACUACAACCGCCCUCCCGCCCAUCACCAGCUCCACAGUGGCCCCCUCCCCCGGCCCCUGGCCCCCCGAUGUGGAUUUCUGUAACCUGCUGUACUGCGAGGAGGUGUACUGUUGCCCCGCGGACCCUGGCAACCACAGUAUCCCGGCAACCACGCGUGCACCGAGGCCCCCUACUAACAGCACUCAAGCCGGGAACACCAUCGAACAACUGUUUGAAAAGCUGAAAAGUGCCAAAGACUGGAGAAACACAACUGUCAAGUCCAUCGUAAUUAAAGAAAAUCAACAUGUCAUUGACAACAGAUACUGCGUACAGGGGAAUUGUGGGUCUGGAAACUACAGCUACGUCGUCCCCAUCAGCAAGUUCGUCCCCGUCAACAUGCGCUUCACCGUGCAGAUGAACACCACUGAGCUGCUGGUGGUUCUGCGGUGCCGAGCGGAAGAAUCCUCGGAAUGCUCGGCCCUGAUGGACUACGCCGACGACAACGACUACACCAUGAGCAACACACAGGGUUAUGUCCAUGACUGGCCCCUCCCGGUCGCCCAGCUGUUCCAGAGCUCCUACCAUUUCCGCACGGCUGUGGCGGGGAAGGCAGACUGCAGCACCCAUCCCAACUACGCCGGAGUGCUCUUCACAGAUUACCACUUCCAUUUCUACCGCCGGUGUGACUGAGCCCGCAGUAGAGCUCCCCCUACAGGUGUGGAGGUGUCCUGCAACAUGGGGAAAAUAGCAGGGAAACUAUUGUAAAAUGAAUGCACAGAACACAUUUGGAUUCACUCGUCUGAUUGACUGCUGUUGACUAUUGUUGUAUAUACAUCGCCAGUGCCUUGCGAAUGCAUUGCGGGUACAAAAGUGCAUUUCUAGCUUGGGAUUGCUGGAGAUCUGAAUGAUGCGUUGGAAUUGG